AUGGCGGAACUUAAACAGACGCUUUCUUUAAUCAUCCAAACAGGCGUUUUGAACCACUCAUCUUCUCUUGCGAACCUCGUGUCAUUCUCUGCUACCUCUGAGGAGGGCGACCUGGAAUUGGCAUCUCUGAUCUUUGCCCAGAUGCAAAAACCGAGCACAUUCUCAUACAACGUAAUGAUCAGAGGAUACUCUAAUGAUGGCUCCCGUUCCCCUGAAAGAGCUCUUCUCUUGUACCUAAAAAUGAGGAGGGAGGGAACAAAUGCCGAUAACUACACCUAUCCGUUUAUUCUCAAGGUUUGUUCUCUCCUCCUGGCUCUUGAAUUCGGCAGGUGCAUUCAUGGAAAGCUUUUCAGCAGUGGGCAUCACUCUGACAUGCACACACAGAGUUCUCUUAUAAGGUUUUAUGCUGAGUGUGGGUUGACCGAGUGUGGAAGCCAAGUAUUUGCUGAAACUACUGAACGGGAUGUGAUUCUAUGGAACUCAAUUCUUGGUUGUUAUGCUAAAUCUGGGGUCUUGGGCAUGGCGAGGAAACUGUUCGAUGAGAUGCCAGAGAGAAAUUCUGCUAGUUACAAUGCUGUGAUCGCUGGAUAUGUGAAGGUGGGCGACGUUGGAAGUGCUAGGAAGUUGUUUGAUGAAAUGCCUCAACGUGAUGUUGUGUCUUGGAACACCAUGGUUGUCGGUUAUGCGAGAUCAGGAUUUGUCAAUGAGGCUCACAGGUUGUUUUGUGAGAUGCCCUGCAGGAACCUGUCAUCCUGGAGUGGUAUGAUAACUGGAUUGGCGCAGAGCAGUAGGUUUGAAGAAGCCUUGGAUGUCUUCAAUGAGAUGAUGAUAGAGAAAGUUAAGCCUAAUCAAGCUACACUUGUUGGUGCACUGUCAUCUUGUGCGCAUCUUGGAGCUCUUGAGCAGGGGAUGUGGAUUAAUGCAUACAUUGAGAGGAGCAGGUUUAAUGUGGAUGACAUGCUUUGUGCAGCUCUUAUAGAUAUGUACUCUAAAUGUGGUCUCCUUGAAGGUGCCAAAUUUAUCUUCUUCAAGAACAGAGAAAAGGAUGUAUGCUCAUGGAGUGCUAUGAUAUGUGCCUUCUCCAUGCACGGAUGCUGCGAGGAGGCAAUUGUGCUCUUCGAACAAAUGCAGAACAUAGGGAUUAAGCCUAACGGUAUUACGUUUGUAUCAAUCUUGACUGCAUGUGCUCAUGCAGGAAUGGUUAACAAGGGAAAAGAAAUUUUUCAUGGCAUGCGUAUGAUUCAUAAAAUUGAGCCUUCUAUAGAGCACUAUACGUGUAUGGUUGAUCUUCUGAGUCGUGCUGGCCAUCUAGAGCAGGCUCUGAACUUUGUGAGGACAAUGCCAAUGGCACCUGAUACUUUUGUCUGGGGAUCUCUAGUGAGCGGUUUCAUGAUUCAUGGAAGUCAUCAUUUGUUGAAUGAGAAUGUUGCAGAGGAAUUGGCAAGGCUGAAACAUAAGGAUAGCGGUACCUAUGUGCUUAUGUCGAAUUUAUAUGCAUCAAUUGACCAGUGGGAUGAUGUGAUGAGGUUGAGGGGGUUGAUGAUAGACCGAGGAGUGCAGAAGAAUCCCGGUUGUAGUUUAAUCGAGGUUGAUGGAAUUGUUCAUGAGUUUUUAGUUGGAGAAAGAACUCAUCCACAAUGUAACGAAAUAUAUCUACUGUUAAAUCUUUUGAAUAGAAUGGUAAAGAUAGAAGAGUUUGCCCAUUGA